GCUACACAGCCAGUACCCUGUUACCACACAACACAUACAGACAGGGUGCACGCAGAGUUGCCACUCCUUGUUUUUUUCCUACUAGAUCUAGUAUUUUUAUCUUCGACCUUGUAGUCUUGUAGUUUUUUCCUAAAAAUCCAACAAAUCUUGUAGUUUUCAUUCAAAGGAAAAAAAUGCGAUAAUGUUUCAUGUUUUUUACUUACUAAUUACGUCUACCUAAGUAUACCCUUAUAUGAAUCUCAUACUCCUCGUUUUUUCUAAUGAAGAACAGUGAGACGCGUCUCGUUCGCGUUCAGUAGUCAGUACGGGAGUCCAUCGUAGCAAGUACCGGGCGAGAGCUGAACUGGGUUCUUAUUCCAACUUCCCUCAGUUUGGUGAAGAUCGUGGUCUUAAACAGGCAUAGUGAUAAGUGACAACAAUGACCAGGCACAGCUCUGGGCCUUGAAGUGUGACCCUGAGCUCAUCCAAAAUGAGCGGAGCAACGUGUGUUUCUUCAGGGACAGCAGAGGGCACUUGGAGCACUGACGAGUGGGCAGCCAGCACAUGCACACGGUGUGAGCGAGUGCACAAAACUUAUUACAAGGAUCGGAGAGGAGAGAAACUUGACAUUGAUUUGGGUACCAUCCCAUGUUGGUGUGUUAGGUCAUGAAAAAGCUGACCACUUAGCACAAAAUGGAACAGAAAGAGAUCAAACUGUAGAACAAGCUUGUCACAAAUAGAUAAGAAAAUGACAAAUAUACAUGUUGAGCAAGAACAAGGUGCAAUUCUACAUAAAGGCGAAGUGAGCUAGUGAAACAAUGAAACACUACACCAAAGCACAAAGUGGCGCCAAUUUCACAUCUGGAAAAUAUGGAGUCAGCUGGAAAGACAGCGUGUGUGCCGGACUGAGCUUUGGAUACAAACAUUACUGGGAACUGGGCGUGUCAUGUGAGGCUCCGGCCAGGGAGGGAGUGUCGCCCAUGCUGUGAGCCUGACGCCCACUCCGUGCUGCAGUGCCCCGAGCUGGCAUGUGCCACAAAUAAUGCCAUCCACACCACAUAUGGAUGUUUAACAAUGGGAACAUUACACAACUGCUAUUGCUAUUCAAAACAAAUACAUCAAACAACUUAUACGCUACAUUGAAAACAAGUUAUAUAUGUGUAUAUGCAUAGAAUAGCUAAGUAUUCUGCACUAACAUUACUUAUAUAUUGUAAAUAUAUAUUAUAUAAUUAUUAUUACACUUGUUUUUGUUCCUUACAUUAUUAUCAUUAUUAUUACAUAAGAACACUAAGUUUAAGCUUGGGAUGGCGGAUACAUAGGCAGUGUCCUGUCAUCCCUUGGAAAAGUAUUCACCUUUAUUUUGUACCAUUUACUAACCUCAACAAACCUAUCCAAUCAAACCAAAUCUCUCUCUCUCUCUCUCUCUCUCUCUCUCUCUCUCUCUCUCUCUGGAAGGAUGAAAGACUCACAGAGCAACACUGUGGUGAGGAACAACACCAUUCACCCCACGCUGAACUCUGCAUGUCUGGCUGGAAGGAUGAAAGCCUCACAGAGCAACACUGUGGUGAGGAACAACACCAUUCACCCCACGCUGAACUCUGCAUGUCUGGCUGGAAGGAUGAAAGCCUCACAGAGCAACACUGUGGUGAGGAACAACACCAUUCACCCCACGCUGAACUCUGCAUGUCUGGCUGGAAGGAUGAAAGCCUCACAGAGCAACACUGUGGUGAGGAACAACACCAUUCACCCCACGCUGAACUCUGCAUGUCUGGCUGGAAGGAUGAAAGCCUCACAGAGCAACACUGUGGUGAGGAACAACACCAUUCACCCCACGCUGAACUCUGCAUGUCUGGCUGGAAGGAUGAAAGCCUCACAGAGCAACACUGUGGUGAGGAACAACACCAUUCACCCCACGCUGAACUCUGCAUGUCUGGCUGGAAGGAUGAAAGCCUCACAGAGCAACACUGUGGUGAGGAACAACACCAUUCACCCCACGCUGAACUCUGCAUGUCUGGCUGGAAGGAUGAAAGCCUCACAGAGCAACACUGUGGUGAGGAACAACACCAUUCACCCCACGCUGAACUCUGCAUGUCUGGCUGGAAGGAUGAAAGCCUCACAGAGCAACACUGUGGUGAGGAACAACACCAUUCACCCCACGCUGAACUCUGCAUGUCUGGCUGGAAGGAUGAAAGCCUCACAGAGCAACACUGUGGUGAGGAACAACACUAUGGUCAGGAGUGACGCGUGUGGGUAUUGGGACCAGAAAAGAGCUUGCUGGGGUGAACUUGUAUAUAUUGGUCAGUGUUACUGUUCAAUGAUGCAACAGAAGUGGUGUUUGUAAUUUGUGAAGGAAGCUUAUUCCAGAUAUCAACAAUUCUGUUCGACUCCUUAAGUACACGAACAUGUUAGACCAUGUAUCUAUCUACUCAUCCGUCUGUCUGUCUGUCUGUCUGUCUGUCUGUUGGGAUUGCGAGGUGCCGGAGAGGUGUGUAUGUCAGUCUGUCUGUCUGUCUAAUUGCUUGUGUCUGUCUGUCUGCCUGUCAGUGAAAUCAUACGGGUGUUUGUGGGUAUUUCUAAAUUAUGAACAUGGAAAAUGACUUUUGAGAACCCUUACCUAUCUGAAUCUAUUGAUCUAAAUCGUUUCUGUUUGUUUGUCUUUGAUAUUGUACAUGUUUUUGAGCGUGUGUUCAAUAAUAUACAGAAAAAACACUUU